ACACUCUCAGUGCGAUCCAGCUGAGUGGGUGAAAAGUAAGAGAGUGAGUGAGAGUGUGUAAGAGAGAGAGAGAGAGAGUGAGAGAGAGAGAGAGAGAGAGAGAGAGAGAGAGAGGGAGAGUAGAAGCAGCAAGUCGUUCGUCCCUCACUCCGGGCUCUAAAUUUACAGGCAGCCAGGCAGGAUUUUCUUGGCUUGGACGCAGCGCUCAUGACAGGAUUAGGAGCCGGGGACGCGGGACCAACCGGAGAUCUGCAGGUCCUAGUGGACGAGCCCGAGCCAGAUUCUCUCCCUGCACAGCUGUGACCGGCCCCGUCACACCAAUACAUCCGACAGCAAUCUUCCAAGGUUGACCUGAUUACCGAGAGGCCUUCCCUUCAUCCUCCUCCUCCUCCUCUCUCUCUCUCCUCUCCGCAUCAUGCGUCUCCUCACCACCCUUCUCUUCUUCCUGCUCCUCCGGUCAGCGGAGCCCCGGAGAGGCCCUCGGUCAGGGGCUGCGGAGAGGGGCGCCAGGGGCCGUGUGCGAGGCAGAGGCAGGGCGGGGGUCAUGAGGCGUCAAACCCAGGAGUGUAAGGAAUACAUGGAGGCGGGAGAGAAGUACCUGGACUGUCAGGACAGGCAGCUGACCACCGUGAUGCAGGACUGGCCCAAAGACAUUCACCACCUGCUGCUGGCAAGAAAUAAGAUUCAGGUUUUGAGGGACAACAUGUUCUCCCAGUUCACCAAGCUGAAGAGCCUGGACCUCCAGCAGAACGACAUCUCCAUGGUGGAGGACGGAGCGUUCAGCGGCCUCUCCCAGCUCACCACCCUGCUCCUCCAGCACAACAGACUGAAAACAGCCUCCGAGGAAGUCCUGCUCCCUCUGCCCCGCCUUACCUACCUCCGUCUCUAUGACAACCCCUGGAGCUGCAGGUGCUCACUGGACAGCCUGGUCAGGAAGCUGCAGAUACCCAGCAGCCGCAACCUGGGCAACUACGCCAAGUGUGCGGAGCCUCUUUUACUGACGGGCCAGAAGCUGAAGAAGCUGAACGUGGACUCGCUGUGUGUGGAUGACAACCAGGUGGACAUCAGGCCGGGGGGUGGAGGUGGGGGUCGACCACGUCCUCCACCAUUCCAAGUGAAGCCAGAGGCCACGUCUAUGUGUCACACCUACAUGUUCCCGAAACCUCUGCUGGACUGCAGCAGCAAAGAUUUGAACCACAUCCCGUCUGACCUGCCAUCUGACAUAGUGAAGAUGGAUCUGUCCAGUAACAGUAUCAAACAUCUCAGGCCCAAACAGUUCCUGCUGUCCAAAGACCUCAAGCUGCUCAACCUUAGCGGCAACAGCCUGCACAGUAUAGACACAGCUGCAUUCGCAGGCCUGCUGUACCUCCGUGAGCUUGACCUGUCCAACAACAGCCUCCAUUACUUCCAGUAUGGUGUCCUGGAAGACCUCUACUUCCUACGGCAGCUCUCGCUGGGCAACAACCCAUGGAUCUGCGACUACAACAUCCACUACCUGAUCUACUGGCUUAAGCACCACCCCGGUGUCUUUUACAGUGGCCUGAUCUGCUCAGAGCCGCAGGAGUUCAGGGGCUGGCGUGUCGAGGAUUACGUCAAGACCUACAACGGGGAAUGUCCCAAGGAUAAACAAACGGGAGGGACGGAUAAAGGACAGGGAGGACAAGGAGGGUCGGACAAUGAGGCGCAGGAGGUGGGGGAGACGGAUGAGGACCAGGGUGAGCUUUUGCCUCGGCCCUUGAGAGAGAAGUUCAACAAGUUUGAGAUCAUCCGGCUGAGUUAGAGAGGAGGUGGAUCAGUGGACAGGUGUUGGUUUAGUUUGGAGGGAAAUUUACGAAAUACGCCACAAGGCGGUCUGUGGACAGGCUAAAGAAUGGAUUACUAAAGGUAGACUCAGUGAUUCAAUGUUCAAAUAAAAAUGUGAUAAGAAGAAGUACAAAUUUGGGAUAAAAAAAAAAACGUAUUUUGGGCUUAAUUUGAUUUGAUGUCUUUUUAAACGUUUCCCAGUUUGUGUGGAUGACAACAGAACAUUAGUCACAGUGUCAUAUUGCUAAGUUUACCUUUAAACAAAACGUUAAGGAAAUGCUGUUUGAGCUUUGUUUUAUCUUUUUUUUUUUUUUUUUUUUGGCAGAACAUUCUCAAUCCAGUCUGUAUCAGAUCUAAUAACCCCAACAAAAAUGUCUCUGUAUUUCCCCACACAGUGAACUGCAGGUGCUCUCUUUUUUUUCUACUACAGUAAUUUCAAUAUUGAGUUCAGGAUAAACUAGUAGUUUUUGGUCCUUUUUUUCAUAAUUGAUGUAUGAUAUUGUCUACCUGUUUUCUGGAAAUAAAAUCGGGUUUAUUUUUUCUGAAAACGUGUUUUACUAAGUCAUACAGAGAUGUGAUUGAAGACAAACAGGUAGGUAGGUGAACUUUGUUGGCCGCCGGUUGGCCGCCGUAUCAUGGGAAGCAGAUGUAUCGCAUCAUCAGUGACUCACUGGUCUGGUGAGGACAUGAAAGUUCCAUAUACUUUACUGGGAAUCUGCCGAGUGCCAACUAAUCAUAACAUACCAAAUCUUAUCAGACUUCAACAAACAGUAGGCCUAAUGAUGAUGGAAACUUUGAGUCUGUCCCUGCCAGACUUUUGCUUCAGACAUUACAUGAACCCUGGUGAAGCUGUGUGGAUGAUGUUUGUUUUUUUUUGGAAGCUAAUUGCCGUGUUCCCUCUCUGACACUUAUAUAUUUUGUGUCCUGAGAUGUGGUUAAACCGGAAUACUGCCACCGAAGGUGUGAAACACAGACCACAUUAGAAGUUAAGUUUAUAUACUGGAUGGGAACCCUGUCAGCUUAGUUACUUAAGUUUGGCUGUUGUGUUUGCAGGAAGUCGGCUUGGCGUAGUUCAGACUUGAGAAUUGAUUAGACUUUUUCCUUUCUUUGUUUACUGUGUUGCAUGUAAACUUAGAGCAGUCGCAGAUGUUUCAAGUUAGGUUGAUCUUUAUUGUCUCGGGAAAUGAGCAUCCAACCUGCAGUUCUGAAUUCAUGUGUGAGGGCAGAG